AUGCAAUAUAUUGAAUCAUUACCAAAUGAUCGUUUUGUAUUAAUUAUUAAUGAUUGUCUAAGAAAAAAAUUUAUUUCAAAUGUACAUCAUUUACGACAACGAUGGAUUAAACAAUAUCCAAAAAUUAAAAGUUUUAUUGUUAAAUUCGAUGAAUUAAUAUCACAAAUACGUUCUUAUCAAGAACAAUCUAGUCAAAUAAAGAUAAAUGAACCAUUAUCAAUAAAAUUUUUUUGUAAAAAUAAUGAAUUGAAUGAUAAUUUUAUUUAUUCACAAUUAUUAAAUGAUUAUCUUUUACAGAUUAAAUCAAUAUCAAAUCGUCAAAAUGAGUUAAAUAUUAUAUGUGAAUUUGAAAAUGAUUGUCCAUCUAAUCGAACAUUAUGGUGGUAUACAAGAGAAACAUUUAUUUAUCAUUUAUUAAAUGAAGCCUUUCGUAUACAAAAUAUUGAUGUGUUAUUAAUAUUUCAAUUUUUUAUACAUGAUGUUCAACAAUUAAUUAUAAAAAAUAAAUGUACAAAAUCACUGUGUUGA